CGCCCUGUAGCCUCAUACUGAAAGGAAUGGCAGCAAGGAAAAAGGAACUGACAGCUAGCAGUGCGGUGUCCUUUACUGAUUGUGUUCAGCCUGCAGAGCAGAUGCAAAGUUCCCAUUUGGAAGAAGCGAUUCAGGGAAGAAUGGAGAGCGGAGAUAAGGGGACGUUACCUUCAGACGCAUCUCUUUGCCGGGACCUUAUGUCUUCCAGUGACACGGGCAGCCCCGGGCAGGGUCCUCGCUGUGUGCGGGCUCAGCAGCUGUGUAUGAGGGCUACGGCAGAGCGAGAUGUGCGGCUGGACUUGCCGGUAACAGGAGCAGCGGGAGACAUGAGUUCAGCGCCGGCCUCCGGGGGGCUGCGACUCCUCGUUUGUUUCCUGGGGGUGUUUGUGUGUUACUUUUACUACGGCAUCUUGCAGGAGACAAUAACAAGGAGGACGUAUGGGGAAGGAGAGAAGCAAGAAAAGUUUCGCUUUGCUCUGUCACUGGUUUUUGUCCAGUGCAUUGUUAACGCUUUGUUUGCCAAGCUUUUGAUCCAAUGCUUUGACUCUGGGAAAACAGACCGGACACAGAGCUGGCUCUACUCUGCAUGUUCCCUGUCUUACCUGGGCGCCAUGGUCUCCAGCAAUUCAGCUCUGCAGUUUGUCAACUACCCCACACAGGUUUUGGGGAAAUCCUGUAAACCAAUCCCAGUCAUGCUCCUAGGGGUGACGCUCCUCAGGAAGAAGUACCCUCUCACCAAGUACCUGUGCGUGCUCCUCAUAGUAUUCGGAGUGGCACUCUUCAUGUACAAGCCCAAGACCGGUUCUGGUGAUGGCGAUCACACUGUUGGUUAUGGAGAAUUACUUCUGCUGCUGUCUCUCACCCUAGACGGUCUCACAGGAGUGUCUCAGGAUUACAUGCGGGCGCAUUUCCAAACAGGCUCCAACCACAUGAUGCUUAGUAUUAACCUGUGGUCCAGUUUAUUCUUGGGAGCAGGCAUUGUGCUCACCGGCGAGCUCUGGGACUUCUUGAGUUUCACAGAGCGUUACCCGAGCAUCGUCUACAAUAUCGUGCUCUUCAGUCUGACCAGCGCCCUGGGACAGACCUUUAUCUUCAUGACCGUGGUAUAUUUCGGACCGUUGACUUGCUCUAUAAUCACGACGACCCGGAAAUUCUUCACGAUCCUGGCCUCUGUCAUCCUGUUUUCUAACCCGAUCAGCAGCAUCCAGUGGGUUGGGACCUUACUUGUGUUUUUAGGUCUGGGACUGGAUGCAACGUAUGGAAAAGGAUCCAAGAAACCAUCCCACUGACUCCUCGUGCCAGGAGCAUCCAACAGACGUCAUUAGACCUUACGCACUGUUUUUUAGUUUAGAAUUAUUCUUUUUUUUUUUUACCAGACAAGUCCAAUUUUCAACGUAUUUUAUUGAUAAUGGAAGGAUUUCAUUUUUAACCAAAGGAGGAUGGGUACAUUAAAGAAAAAAAAAGAAACUGGUACAAGUUGCUCCUUUCUUUAGUAAAGUAUAACGUUUUAGGUGGGGAAAAGAUCCUUCAGUUGUUGUUUUUUGUUUUUUUUUUUCAAUGACUUAAAGGGGAAAAUAUGCUGUAUAUCCAAGUAGGGUAGGCAAUUCACCUUUACUACUGGCGUAGGUUAUUCUGUAUAGGCAUCCAUAUUUAUCUGCAUUUUGGUGUUUAUUCUUAUCCCUAAGGGAAGCCAUGAUUGUUCUGAUGAGGUAACCGCAUCCACAGACAGAACUCUGCCCUCUAGUGGCUAUAACUGAAUACUUCUAUUAAUUUAAAACCAGCAGCAACCCUGUUGAACUGGAGCAUCCAGCAUUCCAAAGACUUUGGAUUAGGGAUACCAGACCACUUGAUAUUUCAGGAGCCUGUCAAUAUGUUUAAAUGUGUUUAGGUGGGGAAAAGAUCCUUCAGUUGUUUUUUUUCAGUGACUUAAAGGGAAAAUGAUGCUGUAUAUCUAAGUAGAGUUGGCAAUUCACGUUUGUUCACUAAAAGGUACUGGCAUAGGUUAUUCUGUACAGGCACCCAUAUUUAUCUGUAUUUUGGUGUUUAUUCAUAUGCGAGAGGGAAGCCAUGAUUGUUCCGAUGAGGUAACCGCAUCCACAGACAGACUGCUGCCCUCUAGUGGCUGUAAUUGAAUACUUCUAUUGAUUGAUUUAAAACCAGCGGCAACCCUGUUUAUCCAGCAUUCCAAAGACUUUAGAUUAGGGAUUCCAGAUCACUUGAAAUUUCAGGGACCGGUGUAUGAAUUAGCCGCGCUCCUGAACAUUCAACGAUUUUUGUAAUCCUCCUGUAUAUGGUUGCAUAUCCGUUCAACUUGACAUAGUGUUUUUUUUUUAGUUUCUGUGCCACGUCCGACUAAUCCAACCCCCCAUAAGUAAUUAUGAAACUGCUUCAUUUUAUUUUUCAGUCGAAUUAUUAUUAUUAUUAUUAUUUUUUUCGAAUUGAAUGCAUUUGUUGGUAAAUAAAAGAUGUAAUGAAUAUUA